UUCCUAUUGAAGAUAAUAGUGCUAGCAAACCACACCUUAGCAACUGAACUGGAUUUAGGAACUUAAACGUAAUUUUGUCUUUAUCAGUAGUACCUUUAUUGGAGAAAAAAAUAAAGAAUGGCUUCUCGGGGGAAAUCAGAAACAACCAAACUGAGACAAAACAUGGAAGAACAGUUGGACCGGUUAAUGCAACAGCUCCAAGACUUAGAGGAGUGCAGAGAAGAGCUUGAAGAAGAGGAAUACGAAGAAACCAAAAAAGAGACACUAGAACAGUUGAGCGAGUUCAAUGAGUCAUUGAAGAAGUUGAUGUCUGGGAAUAUGACACUAGUUGAUGAAUUGGGGGGAAUGCAGCUGGCGAUCCAAGCUGCCAUCAGUCAGGCAUUCAAGACACCUGAAGUUAUUCGGCUGUUUGCUAAAAAGCAGCCAGGGCAACUGAGAACGAGACUGGCUGAGAUGGACCGUGAUGUGAUGGUUGGAAAGCUCCCUCGAGAUGUGUACACUCAGCAGAAAGUCGAGAUCCUCACUGCUCUGAGAAAACUUGGCGAGAAGCUCACAACAGAGGAUGAAGCAUUUCUUGCUGCAAAUGCUAGUGCCACUCUGAGCCACUUUGAGAAGGUGACUGCGAGCCUGGGAUCCGAAGAUAAGAUAAUGGCAUUGGCCAGUUCUGGAGUUGGGAAGACCCAUACAUAAGUCUGGUUUACUAGGAUUUAAUUUUUUUUCGUGAGCGUGGCCUAAUGCUGUCUGUGAG